GCCCCUCUCCCUACCCCAUCAGGCACCCCAAUCGCGUGUAGAGAUCAUCGCUUUACCCAGGCGGUUGUGUCGAUCUCGGCUCCAAUUGGAGACCGAGGCGGUACCAUGGCGGAGAAGACUCAAAAGAGUGUGAAGAUUGCUCCUGGAGCAGUUGUGUGCGUAGAAAGUGAAAUCAAAGGAGAUGUAACGAUAGGACCCAGGACAGUGAUCCACCCUAAAGCACGGAUCAUUGCAGAAGCCGGGCCGAUAGUGAUUGGUGAAGGCAACCUAAUAGAAGAACAGGCCCUUAUCAUAAAUGCUCACCCCGAUAAUAUCACCCCUGACGCUGAAGACACAGAACCCAAACCAAUGAUCAUUGGCACCAAUAAUGUGUUUGAAGUUGGCUGUUAUUCUCAAGCCAUGAAAAUGGGAGAUAAUAAUGUUAUCGAAUCAAAAGCGUACGUGGGCAGAAACGUCGUAUUGACGAGCGGCUGUAUCAUUGGCGCCUGUUGCAGCCUGAAUACUUUUGAGGUCAUCCCUGAGAAUACUGUGAUCUACGGUGCAGGCUGCCUUCGGCGAGUGCAGACUGAGCGACCACAGCCCCAGACACUACAGCUGGAUUUCCUGAUGAAAAUCUUGCCAAACUACCACCACUUAAAGAAGACAACGAAAGGAAGCUCAACUCCAGUUAAGAACUAAAAACAACGUGUGACACCAAGAUAACGUUUCAUCUCUGACCACAGUCUUCUGAAAGCCCAUAGUGUCUAUCAGUCUUAGCAGCUCACAGGAUAAUACGCAUUGACUUUAUUUUCUAAGAUUGAGCUAGAGGGGAAAGUAAUGUAUUUUCAUUGUAACUGUCCUUUAUAAUUUAUAUAAAAUGUAUUAUUUUCCUAUAUUGUUGCAUCUGCUCCUUUUCUGAUAAUUUACAGAUUUAUUUUUCUUUUGUCGUACAAAAUGUUGACCACAAAUUUUUGUUAUGUAAAAGACUGCCCAUGAUAAGUAAGGACAUAUUGUUAUGUAUUUAUAUUCCAACCUAUUCUAAACUAAAUAAAAGUGCUGAUGACAGGAGUUUUAGCGAGCAAACUUUAAUCAGUUUUUCUACUUGCAUUAAUUUUCCUAAAAUAGCUGUCUUAAUUUUUAUUAUGUACUAGCUGUAAUAAAACUAAUGUGUUUACCUCUUGUGGAUUUGGAGGUGUUUAAAACUUCUGGUGAAAUAUCAGCAGCUAUCGAAUUUGUUUGGACUUUGUUUCAUUUCCAGGAAAACAUUAUUUUUCUUUUUGGUAAAGUAAAAGUAAUCAGGGAAAGACAUAUUCAGUACAUUAGAUAUUCCAAAAGAAUGAUGUCUGACUAACAUGACAAGUAAAUGACCUUCAAUUGAGUGAUAUUCCUGGGUUUCGGAUGGCAAUGAAAAGAAAAGGGAUUUUAAUAUAUUCAGAAAUAUAUGAAAUUAGUUUUGGCAUACUUAAUUAGGCGCCGUUGUGUCAGUUCCGACUCAUAGCAACCCCGUGUACAGCAGAGUGAAACACUGCCUGGUCCUGCACCAUCCUCAUAAUCGUUACUAUGUUUGAGCCCAUCGUUGCAGCCACUGUGUCAGUCCAUCUCACUGAGAGUCUUCCCAUUUUUUGCUGACCCUCUAUUUUUUUUUCUACUUUACCAAACAUGAUGACUUUUUCCAGGGACUGGUCCCUCCUGAUAACAUGUCCGAAAUACGUGAGAUGAAGUCUUGCCAUCCUUGCUUCUAAGGAGCAUUCUGGCUGUACUUCUUCCAAGACAGAUUUGUUUGUUCUUCUGGCAGUCCUUGGUACAUUCAAUACUUUUUGCCAAUGUCAUAAUUCAAAGGCAUCAAAAAAGCCUUCUGUAUGGAUUACACCUCAACAUAAAACAAAAAUCCACACAACUAGACCAAUAAGCAACAUUGUGAUAUACAGAGAAAAGAUUAAAGUUGUUAAGGAUUUCAUUUUAUAUGGAUCUACAAUCAAUGCCCAUGGAAGCAGCAGUCAAGAAAUCAAACGACAUGUUGCAUUGGGCAAAUCUGCUGGGUCAGGAAUCUGGAAGUGGCUUAGCUGGUGGUUCUGGCUCGGUGCUUCUUGUGAGGUGGCAGUGAGCAGCUGGCCAGAGCCGCAGUCAUCUGAAGACCAGGCUAUAGCAUCUGCUUCCCAGAUGACCACCUCACAUGGCCGUUGGCAGGAGGCCGCAGCCUCCCCACGUGAGCCUUUCCACAGGACAGCCUGAGUGUCCACGGGAUGGUGGCUGGCUUUCCCUAAAAUUAGUGCUCCAAGAAACAGAGGUAAUAGGCCACAGUGCUUUUUAUGACCUAGUCUCUAGAGUUGCACACAGUCAAGUCCUCUUCAUUCAUUUGUUAGAAAGGAGCCACUUAAGUCCAUCCCACACUCAAGGGGAGGGGAACUGGUCUCCACCUUUUAAAGGGAGGCACAUCUAAGAAUUCAUGUUUAUAUUUUAAAACCACCACCAGAUACACAAUCCGUGUAUAGCUGGGUUCCUCCACUGUUGGCAUGUCCUAGGGGGUCUCCCCACUCUGUACAGGAGAUGGCUUUGGGAAGGACUGCUGUUUAUUAAUUGGUGUGACGUGUGACAUUAUCAAAUGUCUUCAUUUUAUAACCUGUAAACUUCUUAGAAAUUUAGAUUCUUUGUCCCUAAACAUAACAUAAAUUUUAUUAAGCAUCAGUUUAACUUGUCUAGGUUUAAUAGUACUUAUUAUUGAUGAAAACCUUGGUAGAUAGAUAGAUGUUGUCUAGCCAGCUCCAGCUCCUGACGAUUUUAUGUACAGGAGAAUGAAAUGUUGCCUGGUCCUGCAUCAUCCUCACUGUCACGGGUGUGUUUGAGUCUAUCCUUGCAGCGAGUGUGACAAUCUCACCAAGGAUCUCCCUUGCUGGCCCUCUACUUCGCCAAAUAUGAUGUCCACCUCCAGUGAUUGACCCCUCCUGACGACGUGUCCAAAGCAAGUGAGUUGGACAACAUUCUGUUGUGAUGUGUAGGGUUUUCAUUGGCUAAUUUUCAGAAUUACAUUGACAGGUCUUUCUUCCUAAUCCGUCUUAGUCUGGAAGCUCUGCUGAAAUCUGUCCACCAUGGGUGACCCUGCUGGUAUUUGAUAAUACUGGUGGCAUAGCUUCUAGCACCACAGUAACACACAAGCCACCACAAUAUGACAAACACAAGGUGGUGAAAACCUUGAAGGAUAAGAAUAUUGAAAAUAAUACAAGAACCAUUCUAAAAUAUGUAUUUUAGUAAAGUCACUAACAUUUUUUAAACUGCAUUUUUAAAACAGUUGUAUAGAGCUUACUACAUACUACCCAAACCUACUGCCAUAGAGUCAAUUCUGACUCAUAGUGACCCUGUAGGACAGAGUAGAACUGCCUCGCAGGAUUUCCAAUGCUAUAAUCUCUACGAAAGCAGACAGCCAUGUCUUUCUCCUGCGGAGCAGCUGGUGGGUUUGGACCACCAGCCUUUCAGUUAGCAGCCAAGCACUUUAACCACUGUGCCACCAGGGCUCCUUACUAUGUACUUGUUAGAUACUGUCGAGUUGAUUCUGACUCAUAGCGACCCUACGUACAACAGAACGGAACACUGCCCAGUCCUGCGCCAUCCUCACAAUUGUUACGCUUGAGCCCAUUGCUGCAGAUGUGUAAAAUACAGUUAGGCACAGCGAGGUUAAGUAACUUGUUCAAGGUCACUCAGCUAGCUAAGUGGCAUUUUGGCUCCAGAGUUCAUGAUCUUGACCACUAUGCUAUACUGUCUUUUCGGAACACUUGUUAAACCUUUUAAGAUAGAGGCUGUAUAAUUCAAUGGGCCUCCUAAAAGAAUUAGGAACUGAUGGGAAUUUACCUUUCUUAAAGCUCUUAAUCUGCAUGAGAUAAAACAAUAGGAAAAUUUUCAAAAGAAUUGUUUAGUCUUCCCACUGAAUUCAUUAAGAAUUACCCAUGAGAUAAUCUUUAAACCUUAAACCAAAAAUACUCCCUGAAGUCCUUAAAACCAAACCGAACAAUAAAAAUAAAAAAUUAGUAAAAAAAAAAAAAUGUCUGCCUGGAGCAUUACGCUCUUUUAAGAAU